CACAGGCGCACAGAGCAUGCGCGGGGCGGGAGUGCGCGAAAUUCAAGCUCCAAGCUCCCGCCGGGGUAACUGGAACCCAGUCCGAGGGUCAUGGAGGCGUCCCGUAGGUUUCCGGAAGCCGAGGCCUUGAGCCCAGAGCAGGCUGCUCAUUACCUAAGAUAUGUGAAAGAGGCCAAAGAAGCAACUAAGAAUGGAGAUCUGGAAGAAGCAUUUAAACUUUUCAAUUUGGCAAAGGACAUUUUUCCCAAUGAAAAGGUGCUGAGCAGAAUCCAAAAAAUACAGGAAGCCUUGGAGGAGUUAGCAGAACAGGGAGAUGAUGAAUUUACAGAUGUGUGCAACUCUGGCCUGCUGCUUUAUCGAGAACUGCACGACCAACUCUUUGAGCACCAGAAGGAAGGCAUAGCUUUCCUCUAUAGGCUGUAUAGGGAUGGAAGAAAAGGUGGUAUAUUGGCUGAUGAUAUGGGAUUAGGGAAGACUGUUCAAAUCAUUGCUUUCCUUUCUGGUAUGUUUGAUGCUUCACUUGUGAAUCAUGUGCUGCUGAUCAUGCCAACCAAUCUUAUUAACACAUGGGUAAAAGAAUUCAUCAAGUGGACUCCAGGAAUGAGAGUCAAAACCUUUCAUGGUCCUAGCAAGGAUGAACGGACCAGAAACCUCAAUCGGAUUCAGCAAAGGAAUGGUGUCAUUAUUACUACAUAUCAAAUGUUAAUCAAUAACUGGCAGCAACUUUCAAGCUUUAGGGGCCAAGAGUUUGUGUGGGACUAUGUCAUCCUUGAUGAAGCACAUAAAAUAAAAACGUCAUCUACUAAGUCAGCAAUAUGUGCUCGUGCUAUUCCUGCAAGUAAUCGCCUCCUCCUCACAGGAACCCCAAUCCAGAAUAAUUUACAAGAACUAUGGUCCCUAUUUGAUUUUGCUUGUCAAGGGUCCCUGCUGGGAACAUUAAAAACUUUUAAAAUGGAGUAUGAAAAUCCUAUUACUAGAGCCAGAGAGAAAGAUGCUACCCCAGGAGAAAAAGCCUUGGGAUUUAAAAUAUCUGAAAACUUAAUGGCAAUCAUAAAACCCUAUUUUCUCAGGAGGACUAAAGAAGACGUACAGAAGAAAAAGUCAAGCAACCCAGAGGUCAGACUUAAUGAAAAGAAUCCAGAUGUUGAUGCCAUUUGUGAAAUGCCUUCCCUUUCCAGGAAAAAUGAUUUAAUUAUUUGGAUACGACUUGUGCCUUUACAAGAAGAAAUAUACAGGAAAUUUGUGUCUUUAGAUCAUAUCAAGGAGUUGCUAAUGGAGACGCGCUCACCUUUGGCUGAGCUAGGUGUCUUAAAGAAGCUGUGUGAUCAUCCUAGGCUGCUGUCUGCACGGGCUUGCUGUUUGCUAAAUCUUGGGACAUUCUCUGCUCAAGAUGGAAAUGAGGGGGAAGAUUCCCCAGAUGUGGACCAUAUUGAUCAAAUAACUGAUAACACAUUGAUGGAAGAAUCUGGAAAAAUGAUAUUCCUAAUGGACUUACUUAAGAGGCUGCGAGAUGAGGGACAUCAAACUCUGGUGUUUUCUCAAUCGAGGCAAAUUCUAAACAUCAUCGAACGCCUCUUAAAGAAUAGGCACUUUAAGACAUUGCGAAUCGAUGGGACGAUUACUCAUCUUUUGGAACGAGAAAAAAGAAUUAACUUAUUCCAGCAAAAUAAAGAUUACUCUGUUUUUCUGCUUACCACUCAAGUAGGUGGUGUUGGUUUAACAUUAACUGCAGCAACUAGAGUGGUCAUUUUUGACCCUAGCUGGAAUCCUGCAACUGAUGCUCAAGCUGUGGAUAGAGUUUACCGAAUUGGACAAAAACAGAAUGUUGUGGUUUAUAGGCUAAUCACUUGUGGGACUGUAGAGGAAAAAAUAUACAGAAGACAGGUUUUCAAGGACUCAUUAAUAAGACAAACUACUGGUGAAAAAAAGAACCCUUUCCGAUAUUUUAGUAAACAAGAAUUAAGAGAGCUCUUUACAAUCGAGGAUCUUCAGAACUCUGUAACCCAGCUGCAGCUUCAGUCUUUGCAUGCUGCUCAGAGGAAAUCUGAUACAAAACUAGAUGAACACAUUGCCUAUCUGCAGUCUUUGGGGAUAGCCGGAAUCUCAGACCAUGAUUUGAUGUACACAUGUGAUCUAUCUAUUAAAGAAGAACUUGAUGUGGUAGAAGAAUCUCACUAUAUUCAACAAAGGGUUCAGAAAGCGCAAUUCCUUGUUGAAUUUGAGUCUCAAAAUAAAGAGCUCCUGAUGGAACAACAAAGAAAUAGAAAUGAGGGGGCCUGGCUAAGAGAACCUGUAUUUCCUUCUUCAACAAAGAAGAAAUGCCCUAAAUUGAAUAAACCACAGCCUCAGCCUUCACCUCUUAUAAGUACUCAUCAUACUCAGGAAGAAGAUAUCAGUUCCAAAAUGGCAAGUGUAGUCAUUGAUGAUCUGCCCGAAGAGGGUGAGAAACAAGAUCUCUCCAGUAUAAAGGUGAAUGUUACCACCUUGCAAGAUGGUAGGCACCCAUAUGAAGGUACAUGUAGUGCUGACUCUAUAGCUACUUUACCCAAGGGGUUUGGAAGUGUAGAAGAACUUUGUACUAACUCUUCAUUGGGAAUGGAAAAAAGCUUUGCAACUAAAAAUGAAGCUGUACAAAAAGAGACAUUACAAGAGGGGCCUAAGCAAGAGGCACUGCAAGAGGAUCCUCUGGAAAGUUUUAAUUAUGUACUUAGCAAAUCAACCAAAGCUGAUCUUGGGCCAAAUUUAGAUCAACUAAAGGAUGAUGAGAUUUUACAUCAUUGCAAUCCUUGGCCCAUUAUUUCCAUAACAAAUGAAAGUCAAAAUGCAGAAUCAAAUGUAUCCAUUAUUGAAAUAGCUGAUGACCUUUCAGCAUCCCAUAGUGCACUGCAGGAUGCUCAAGCAAGUGAGGCCAAGUUGGAAGAGGAACGUUUAGCAUCUUCACCACAGUAUGCAUGUGAUUUUAAUCUUUUCUUGGAAGACUCAGCAGACAACAGACAAAAUUUUUCCGAUCAGUCUUUAGAACAUGUUGAGAAAGAAAAGAGCUUGUGUGGCUCUGCACCUAAUUCCAGAGCAGGGUUUGUGCAUAGCAAAACAUGUCUCAGUUGGGAGUUUUCUGAGAAAGAUGAUGAACCAGAAGAAGUAGUAGUUAAAGCAAAAAUCAGAAGUAAAGCUAGAAGGAUUGUUUCAGAUGGCGAAGAUGAAGAUGAUUCUUUUAAAGACACCUCAAGCACAAAUCCAUUCAACACAUCUCUCUUUCAAUUCUCAUCUGUGAAACAAUUUGAUGCUUCAACUCCCAAAAAUGACAUCAGUCCACCGGGAAGGUUCUUUUCAUCUCAAAUACCCAGUAGUGUAAAUAAGUCUAUGAACUCUAGAAGAUCUCUGGCUUCUAGGAGGUCUCUUAUUAAUAUGGUUUUAGACCACGUGGAGGACAUGGAGGAAAGACUUGACGACAGCAGUGAAGCAAAGGGUGCUGAAGAUUAUCCAGAAGAAGGGGCAGAGGAAAGCAGUGGCGAAGCCUCCAAGUAUACAGAAGAGGAUCCUUCAGGAGAAACACUGUCUUCAGAAAACAAGUCCAGCUGGUUAACGACAUCUAAGCCUAGUGCUCUAGCUCAAGAGACCUCUCUUGGUGCCCCUGAGCCUUUGUCUGGUGAACAGUUGGUUGGUUCUCCCCAGGCGGCAGAGGCUACGAAUGACUAUGAGACUCUUGUAAAGCGUGGAAAAGAACUAAAAGAGUGUGGAAAAAUCCAGGAGGCCCUAAACUGCUUAGUUAAAGCGCUUGACAUAAAAAGUGCAGAUCCUGAAGUUAUGCUCUUGACUUUAAGUUUGUAUAAGCAACUUAAUAACAAUUGAGAAUGUAACCUGUUUAUUGUAUUUUAAAGUGAAACUGAAUAUGAGGGAAUUUUUGUUUCCAUAAUUGGAUUCUUUGGGAACAUGAAGCAUUCAGGCUUAAGGCAAGAAAGAUCUCAAAAAGCAACUUCUGCCCUGCAACACCCCCCACUCCAUAGUCUGGUAUUCUGAGCACUAGCUUAAUAUUUCUUCACUUGAAUAUUCUUAUAUUUUAGGCAUAUUCUGUAAAUUUAACUGUUGUUUCUUGGAAAGUUUUGUAAAAUUAUUCUGGUCAUUCUUAAUUUUACUCUGAAAGUGAUCAUCUUUGUAUAUAACAGUUCAGAUAAGAAAAUUAAAGUUACUUUUCUCAAGUGUUUUCCAUCCACUUUGUUUCACUGAGAUGAUACUGGCAGAAGCCUGUCAUUAUCAGUCUAGAUCUUAAGACAUGCUUGUGAACAUGCUGUUUCAUGUUUUCAGCUUAAUACAGGUGGAGCAUCCCUAAUCCAAAAAUGAGGAAACUUUCUGAGUGCUGACAUGAUGCCACAAGUGAGGAAAGUUCCAUACCUCAUGUCAUGUGACAUGUCACAGUCAAAAUGAAGGUGUACAACACACUGUUUACUCAGCAUCCCCAAGGGAAAAGAGAUUCUGUAAGCCCCCUUCAGCUACUAUAUAUCCUUUCCACACAGGCCCAGAUUCUCCCAUGCAAGCCUGCCUACAAAGGGCAAUAAAAUGGUUCAACAUACACAAACUUUGUUUCAAGCACAAAAUCAUUAAAAGUAAUUAUAAAAUUACCUUCAGACUUAUGUAUAUAACGUGUAUAUGAAACAUAAAUGGAUUUCGUGUUUCGACUUGGAUCCCAUCUCCAAAAUAUGUCAUUAUGUAUAUGGAAAUACUCCAAAAUCCAGAACACUUCUGGUCCCCAGCAUUUUGGAUAGAGUACUAAACUGGAACAGCAGAAAGCUGAGCUAGGUACCUGGUGCUGGGAUUCUUUAUCACUGGUAGCUUGCCCUGGAGUCACUGCUGACCAUUUAGCCAUUCUUCAUGCACCAUUAACUGUUCUCCCUUUCGCCAAACCAGGUAUCUCGUCUAUUCUGACACAUAUUAUCACAGUCUAUCUUGGAUUGUAGACUGAAAAGGAGUUUGGUACCCUUGUAGAAAGACAAAGUGCAGUAUAGCAUGCUGCACUCUAUCACUAGAGAAGUGGACUAUCCUUGAUGAAGUACUAUGUGUUGGGCACUCCACACAGGUUUCUCAUUUCAGCCUUACCAUAAUCCUUUGAGGUGAAGGGAGAGUAGCAUUUCCAUUUUUCAUUUGAGGAAACAAAGGCUCAGUGAGGUCAUGACUUCCCCAUGGUGACAUGGUUGGGGUGAAACUGAUUUUUAACCUUGUGUAAAUGAAUACACUAUAAUACACUGAGCUGUUUUUACUCACAACACUUCUGACACCAAAUGUGGGGGUUUUCCACAUCAAGCAAUUCUCCAGUUCUCCAAUUAAAAAUUGAACUGGUGUCCUACAAUUCAAUUUCGACACUACCCAGGGUUAGCACGCUCAGUCCCACCAAACUGCCCUCACUUCAGACGUCAGUUGUAAGUAUUCGGUCCCCAUGUUACCCACACUUCUGUCUGACUUGGCUACAAAUUAGGGGUUCCCGUGACCGCCCCAUCCCACCCCCUGGUUUAAUAAUUUGCUAGAAUAGCUUAUAAAACUCAGGAAACGUUUACUUACUAUUACCAGCUUAUAAAGACUACAACUCAGGAACAGCCAAAUGGAAGAGAUGUGUAUGGCAAGGUAUAGGGGUGGUGCAUUAAGCAUCCAUGCCCUCCAGGCACACCACCCUCCCAACAUUUUGAUAUGUUAAUCCAGGGAUCUCCAAACUCCAUUGUUAGGGUUUUUGAGGUUUCCUUAGGGAGGCAUGAUUGAUAAAAUAAUUGGCCAUGGGUGAUUCACUCAUCUUCAGCCCCUCUCCCCUCUCCAGAGGUUGCAGUUAUGGCUGAAUGUUCCCUCUGAUCAUGCCUUGAUGUUUCUGGUGACCAGCCCCCAUUCUGAAGCUACUAGCGGCCUCCAGCCACAAGCUAUCUCAUUAGCAUAAAAAAGACACCAGUUGAGAUUUCAAGGCUUUCAGGAACUAUAUGCCAGGAACCAGGGACAAAGACCAAAUAUUUAUUUUUAUUAUAUCCCAUACAUAUAAAAGUUACUUGUAAAUUAUAUGUAUAUACACACUAAUAAUCUCAUGUGUAUUGCAAGAAAUUACAUAAGUUCAAAAGAGAAGCUGAAUUUCAGGUUGUUGAUGGAACAAAAUAUUGUUCUUAUAAAAGCAAUUUAUUACUAUUUUAGGGUAAUGUGAUUGAAUAUAUAUCAUUAUUUUUGAAAUAUUGGUGUAAUUGUGAUUUAGCAAUUCACAGUCUGCAUCUGAGUUCAGCUUACCAUUUCCCUGUGCUUCCCACCGUGAUGUGAAGGGAGUGGCUGUGCCCUACAUCGUUCUCUGUCCCUUCCACCAUACACACACAAAUGUUUGUGAAAAUUCAGCUAAUAAACUUCUUUCUUCCCUGAUGUAGAAAACAAAAAAAUCCACACAAUUUGCCUUCAAGGAAGCUUUAGCGGCCUAUAUCCAUUUGAUCUGAACAGUGAAACGUCUUAAGUUCUAGGAAUAUUUCUCACUGAAAAUAGCAACGCUCUUUCUGUUGAAGUGUGUGUGUACUAUGACAAAUUCUGUUGUCUGGGGAAAAAAAAACAUGCUCAUGGUAAACUAUUCAAACAGUAUCCAUGGCAGGGAUUUUUAACCUGGGGUUCAUCAUGGGUAGAAGAAGUCAGUUGUCUGAAUUUGGAUGGAAAAAAAGUUUUAUCUUUUCUCUGUCUGGUAGCUGAAAUACAGCAUUUCCCUCCAUCAUGAAUGUGAAGCAGGAAAAUAGGGUCUGGAGGCAGGGAACAUAAAGCCGAUUCACACUAAAGCUAUGGCAGGAAAUAUCCUCUCCACAGGGCGUAGGCCAAGUAAAUGACUUUGUACCUUCACUUCAUCCUUUCCAUUUACAUAGGGUGUACCCCAAGUAACCAAUGGCAUCCUCUAGGGGGUAUUUAAACUCCCCAGAAUUCUGUAACAGGGUCUUUUGAGCUCCUAUGCUGUGGAGUGUAGUUUCGUUUUCAAUAAAUCCCUUUGUCCCUUC